UAAAACAUCUGCAGCAAAAAAGAGCAGAUUACUUUCUUAUUGUUUUUAUAUUCUGUUAUUUUGUCGUAGUAUUUAAAUCAAGGUGACUUGUUUGGGAAGUAUUCAAAACCGUAACUAUGGAUUACAGGACAGUUGUGUUUUUGUUAAGUCUUACGGGCUUCAUUGCCUUUAUAAGAGGGCAAAGCCAUGGAGUUGGGCAAAUCAUGGACGACUGCUUGAGUUGCAUGUGUGAGGCUUCAUCCGAAUGUGAUGAUGAGAUCGAAUGCCACGGCAGAGGGGAGAAAUAUUGUGGACCCUACCUCAUCUCAUAUCUCUAUUGGAAAGAUGGAGGCGCACAUGGAGAUGAUUUCGAAAAAUGCGUGUCAUACAGGCCGUGUGCCGAAGCCUCCAUCAGGGGUUACAUGCGCAAGUGGGCCUCUGAUUGCAACGGUGACAAUAGAGUGGAUUGCUAUGACUUCGCUCGUAUCCACAAGACCGGAGGUCCUUCCUGUAACAGCAGCUGGGUCCUCAAUACUGAUUAUUGGAUGAGGUUCGAAGCCUGCUACAGUCAGAUGUUGUAAGCAAUACAUAUCAACACAGGAACUGAGAUUAUAAUUGUAUAGUCUCUUGAGUUUUAUUUUUAUGCAUUUAAAGUUCUUAAAAGAGUGGUUUUUAAUUUUUUAUAAUUUGAGACCCGACUUUUAGCUUCAAAUUGAAUUUCAUUUCAUUGAUUUUUUUAAUUGAAUUCUUGCCCAACCGUACCAUUUUUUGCCCGCCCUACCUAUUGAAUUUUUGCCUGCCUAAGUUUUUUUUAAAAUUGGAACAAUUCUUUUCUUUUAUCUUUGCUUAUAUUCCGUCACCAAUUGUAAAAAAUCAUGGUUUUAUAAUAGUAUAUAUUUUAAUAAUAUUGUAUAUCUAUAUUGAACAGUUUUGCAUUGCUAUAUUAUACAGUAUUGUAUAUAUAGUAUAUAUACACUCAUGUCCAAAAUUAAGGUCACAAACAUAAAAUAUGCGAAAAAUGGAAAAACUAUUCACUGUGUUGCCACGAAAUUUGGCACAGAGGUACACUACAAUGGAAGAAAGAACAUAGACACAUAACAAUAUGGAAAAGAUUUUAAUUGGGAAUUAAGAAACAGGAUAUAUCAAAAAGUGUUACAUUAUAAAUCAGAGAUAAAGCAUUUAUCUCGGAAAAAGCCUUUCUAAUAUGGAAUGUGACCACCGUGCACUGCUAUGCAGGCUUCACAACGAGCUUUCAUACUGUUUGUGAGGGUGUCAAUAAAUGCUUGGAGUAACAAAGACCAUUCUUCAAAAAGUGCCUCUUUUAACUCUUGGAGGGUAUUAGGAGGGGAGUUAAGCUGUGCAAUGGCUCUUCUGAGACCAUCCCAAACAUGUUCAAUAAGAUUGAGAUCCGAGGACCUCAAGUUCCAGUCCAUACGUCGAAUUUCCUCUUCCUCAAGAAAAUUAUCAACGAUUUGAGCUCUGUGUGGAAGCGCGUUAUCGUCCAUAAACAUGAAGUCUGGGGCAAAAGCACACCGGAACAACCUCACAUAGGCUUCAAGAUCUCAUCCGUAUAGUGAUGUGCAUUGACAGUACAAGCAUUGAAGACGUGCAAUGGUGUGGAACUGCCCAACAUUAUGCCACCCCAGAUAAGGAUUCCUCUGUCACCAAAUCUAUCGAUUUAUUUCACAUAGGAGGGAUGAUUGCGAGCUCCUCGCUCUCUCCAGAUGAAUAUUCGACGAGUGUCACUCUGUGUGGUAAAUCUCGAUUCAUCACUGAAACGAACAAGCCCCCAUUCUUGCUGUGCCCAAGACUGAUAUGUUAGGCACCACAACAACCGGGCUUUUCUGUUGGAUGCAGUCAAAGGGACGCACUCAACUGGUCGCCGGGUAUAAAGAGCCCUCUCUGCUAGACAUCUGUAUGCUUUUUGUCUGUAAAUUCUUAUUCCAGACACAGCAGCAGGGUCACGAGCAAGUUGAGGAGCCGUUGUCAGCUAUGCCGUCGUGCGCUUAAUGCUAAAUAGCGAUCCUGUGCAGACGUCGUUGCUCUGUGACGGCCUUGUCCGGCCUUCCUAGCUACAGUACCACUUGUUUGGAAUUGAUUCCACAACUUGGAUACCACUUUCGGUGUCACUUGUAACCAUCGAGCCACCUCCGCUUGAGACUGCCCAGCUUCAAGCCUGCCAGCGGUUCUCCAUCUCAAGAAGUCGUCUAAACGAUUAUGAGAACUCAUUCUCACUUGAAACAGGUUAAAUUUUUUGUUUUAAUGCAAUAUUCACAAAAUUGCAGAAAAAAAAUCCCAUAUGCCUAAACGGUCUAAUUUCAGCAGUUCCCUAAAAACUAAUGCUAAACAACAUUUUUUCUCACAACAAAGGUUAGUAUUUUGUUAGCGGUCCUACACAAUAUAUAAAAUAUAAUUUGUUUAAAUUUUACCGGUAGCCAUUUAUAAUUACUUUGUAAAACAUUUUUGUGACCUUAAUUUUGGACAUGAGUGUAGAACGAUGUUGCUUUGCUAUAUGCAUUCUAUAUUUUGAAUAUUUUUUUAUUUUGUUUUUGUUUUAUAUGCAUUUACGAUUGUUGUUGUUGUUUUCUUGUUGUUCAUGUUAUUUUCAUUUUUAAAAUUUUAACAUAGAAUAUAUUUUAUGUUUUAUAUACGGGUCAACUAGUUAAAAUGGGACGUAAAAUUUUAUUUGAAAUUCUCAAAAGUUUAGUUAUUUUAUUACCUUUAGUGCUAUUUCAGCGGAAAUGCUGUUGAAAUUUCUAAAUAAAUUCAGGUUCGAAAACAAAAGUUAGUUGGCAUAGUAAGCGUAAAGAAUACUUCAUCCCAUCUUUUAUUAUUUGAUAAUAUCCAGUGUUCAAAUACAUAAACUUUCUGCGCUUUUGCGCAUGCGCCAAUCAUCUUUUGAUUUUGCGAAAAUAAGGAUGCGAUAAAAUAUACAAGAAGAAAUUGUUACGUGUCUGACAAAGAACUUCUGAAAAGAGUUCUUCUUACUGACAAAGUAUCACCCCUCUGAAGAUUAAAAUUAUUUAAAAGUGGUAAUCGUGGCUGUAUUUAAUGAAGAGUACUUUGUAUGGUAAUUAAUUUCUAUAAAAUUACCAUGUUAAAAUAAUUUAAAUAUUUAAUCCAUCGCAGUAUGGAUAAAAAAAAUAGCUGUUGCCACGACAAUGUGAUUAUAAUAGAUAUAACGAUAAAGCUAUUUAAAAGUUUAAUACUAUGCAAAAAAUAUUUAUUUCAUCUUAGUUGCCACAGCAAGGCUUUUUCAAUGAAAUUUGUAUGAUAAAGUAAUUAAAUUAAUUAAACUAUUACACUGCUGAAAAAGUCAAAGAUAAUUGUCAUGGCAAUGCAGUCAUAAAGUAUGUUACCAUGAUAAAGAGCUUUAAAACUUAAAGGAUUGCAGUAUAUUAAAAAUAAAAAAAAUAGGCAGAUAAUCCAAAUGAAAAAAAAAACAUUCUGACAAUGGUUUGUUAUCAAAUAAACUUAAAAAAUUCUAUGCAAAAUUGGUAGAAGUAGAGAUAGUAGCAGCGUACAUUUAGCUAUAAUAAUAAUAAUUCUUAAAAUGUAUACUUAUAUUGUAGCUACCAAAAAAAAAAAAAAAACAUAUUCUGUAUUUUUUGUUGAUC